AUGAGUCUGACACGAGGGCAUUCCUGCGUGCUGUGCCAACAGCGCAAGGUACGCUGUGAUCAACAGAAACCGUGUUCCAACUGUGUUCGAGCACAGGUCGAAUGCAAAAUCGUACCGCUACAACCUGCGAGACGCAGGAAGAAGAAGCUGCACGAACGAGAACUGAUCGAGCGACUCAAGAAGUGUGAAGCACUUUUAGCUCAACAUGGUGUCGAUUUCGAUUCAGUCGAAGAUAAUCGAGAAGACACCGUCGAUAUUGAUAUCGACCAAGAACAGCUAAAGACUUCGCCGGAAGCUAGUACCCGAGCUGCAGAGCGUAACUCAAAAUCCGAAGAUACACGAAGGUCUUAUCGCACCACUUAUGAUUUGCUGCAAAACUCGUCUGACGAGGAGAUUGACCCGCCUUCAAUUCAUCAUGCCUUUGAUAAGAUGUUCACCGACACCGGUUCCUUUCCAUUUGGAGUGGGUGGUUCGCAGCGGAGUAUAACUCACCUACACCCGUCAGCGGUCCAGAUCUUCCAACUAUGGCAGAUCUACAUCACCAACGUCAACUCUUUACUCAAAAUAAACCAUGUCCCCACUUUGCAAAAGCAGGUAAUUGGGGCUAUUGCCGAUAUUUCCAAGGCUUCUAGGCCCCUCGAAGCCCUGAUGUUCAGCAUCUACCUCAUUUCGAGCAAGUCAAUGACAGACGAGGAGACUCAAGCCACUUUUGGUGCAGCAAAGCACACGCUUCUGGCUCAGUACGGAGAAGCUACUCAACAAGCCUUGGUGAAUGCGAGUUUCAUGAAAUCUAACGAUCUUAUGGUCUUGCAGGCUUACUUCCUAUAUCUUCACAGCUCUGGCCGUGAUAUUGAUCCCCGGUCGCUCUUUUGUCUUAUUGGAAUUGCUGUGCGCAUAGCGACUCGCCUUGGCAUACACCGAGACGGAGCCCAAUUUGGUGUUUCGCCUUUCGAAACCGAAUUACGAAGGCGACUAUGGUGGCAGAUAGCCGCUCUCGAUAAACGAAUCGCCGAAAUAACAGGCUCAGGUGUCACAGCCCUCUUUUCCUGCGGAACAGACUGCCGGCUGCCUCUCAAUGUGAACGACUCAGACUUGCACCCGCAUGCUAAGGAUCCACCUCGAGCUGUCCUCGGUCCAACUGAAAUGAUUGUUUGCCUCACCCGCAUUGAAAUGCUACUUGCUGCUGAACCAACCAGUAUUCGGCCUAAUACUACGGCUAUUAGAAACCCACAGAGACAUAGCAGCGCAGCACCGUCUCCAAACACUAGCGUUCGUGAGGCAACUCGACCAACAUCUAAUGAUUUGGAUAGCUAUUCUUCGUACAUAGAAUCAGUCUAUCUGAAGAACUGUGACCCAAAUGUACCUACUCACCUCCUCGCUCUGAUGUUGACACGCAGCAAUCUUUGCAAACUCCGUGUUCUGGAAUUCAUGUGUCGGGGAGCCCCUGCCGCCAGCCUUGAUAAAAGAGAGCGCGAUGCACUCUUCGUGACCGCUAUUGAAAUGCUUGAGUGGGACGAUGUGAUCUACACUACUGAAAGCCUCAAGGGGUUCUUGUGGUACACUCAAAUUCAGGGACCCCUCCCUGGUUACAUCUUUCUCAUAAGCGAACUACGUCAACGGACGACAGGCGAACUCUGUGAGCGCGCAUGGAAAGUUAUUUGCGAUAACCAUGAUCAUCGGGGCUUCUUUCGCAAUUUAGGAAACCCUGUUCACAAUGCCUUCGGGCACGCUUUGUUGAGAGCUUGGGACGCCCACGAGGAAGCUGAGCUCCAGCUUGGCAGAAACAUUGAGACACCACCAUUGGUUAUUGUGGUACGCCAACGGUCAGCUAAUCAAAAGGCCUCCCAGAAGGCGUCACAUCGGGCAGAGAAUGACAGCUGCAGAUCUGGGCCUACAGACGUUGCGAAUUAUGGAACAGCUUCUGGAUUUGGAGGGCCGGAUAGACCGGGCGAAAGCUCCGAAGCAAUUGCCAGUGAGAACACAAUGCUUCCUGCCCUGGACCGUACAACAGAAAUCUAUAAUGCUGCUUUUGCGGACUACGAGCAGACAAACUGGACACAGUUGAUGCAAUCUGGUGUGUUGAGUGGGUUUUAUGGUGGUCCUGAUAGUUACUUCUCCCAAGGUGGGGGCUAUUGA